AGUCGUGCUCGGCACGCGCUCGUGCUACUGCUCCCGCGUUCGUCGCCGUCGUCUUCUUCCACAUGCAGCUGGCUGCGUUGCCGCUCAUCAUUCCAGCGUAGGAUUUCACUUCUGUCGUCGUAAUGGGGAGGCCGCGUUUACGGGGGGUUUGAGCCAUUCAUUGUCUUACGUAACAGGCAGAUUUAAUUUUGAAUCAGUUUAGUUUCGAAUAAUCGCAAGCGGCAAUGGCGGGCGAAUGCCGCUAACCACGCCGCCGAGAAAACUCGAGACAUCGAACGCAAGCGAGAACGGCGGUCUGCAUGCGUACCGUCAGUGACGUGGUUCUCUGCGCUGCAGCCGAACGUGUGUGUAACCUCACAAUUGAGAAAUACUUUAAUGAACCCUCGGGAUUAACCUAGUGAUAAACACCGGGGCCGCACGCACGUUUUAGCUUCGCUGGAACCAUUUUCGCGGAGUGGAAAGGCCCACGAAUUUUUAAAUUUUCGGAAUGCAAUUUCGAAACACUUUAUUUCCCUGGUUCGUAAAUGCAACGGCAGGUCUCCAGCUGUCGCAGCGGUUGCUGGCAGAGAAAGAGGAAACCGUCGUAGCGGCAGCAGCGCGGAGCGCGAGCGUUCCCGAGACGACGAAGCUGUGCCCGCCUGGAAGGAUGCUCCUGCUUCUGGGCACCGGGUUCCUCCUGUCGGCGGCGUUCGCGCCCGCCGCUGCCAUGGCGCACAACACAUUCGUGUGCCUACCGAAGCCGGUCAAGUUCGACACGUGCACCAGCAUCCGUCUGCUGAGCCCGUGCCAGACGGACCAGGACUGCGACACGCGUGUCUGCUGCAAGGACUGGUGCGGCAACUAUUGCGCCUUCAAGCAGCGUAGCUUCGCUGUCGCGAAGCCGCCUCCCGUGGAGCCGGGGCCUGCCGCGAUCGACGAGGACGAGGCCGAAGAGACCCCGGCUCAGCAACCACCGCCGCCGCCACCGCAGCCCGCCAGGGGCAACCGAGGUCGAAAUGCCGACGAGGACGAGGAGCCACCACGCCGCAACAACAUGCGCAGGCGGUACAAGAACCGUGCGGGCCGGCGCCGCCGUCGCAUGGACGCAGCGGGCUCCGACGGCGCGAUCAUGCACGGACCGGGCAGGGACGACGAUGACCGGGAGCCUUCCGGAAACGGCUUAGGCGGCCAGCUGGAGCACGAGUACUUCGACGUCAGGAAAUAAAGUGUGCUGGCUG